GGUGGGUUUACACCAGUUUCCUCAUCAUCACAGUACUUUACUGGACUAUCCCCAUUUUUAUAAUACGUAGGAAUUAAAGCUCUAAAAUUGCCUUUGGAUUUCCUAGCUAGCAGUCUAGCACUAUCGGAUCAGCUGUAUAUGGAAACGCAAACAACGAGGUUUGGGAUCUCUCUCCCGGUUCCCUGUGUCCAGGAGCUUGCAAAGCACACAGCAAGCACUGUCCCGCCACGGUAUGUGCGGCCGGAUCAAGACCCUCCCUUCAUAUCCGACUCCACAGCUUUGCCCCAACUCCCAGUCAUCGACAUGCAUCUCCUAUUUUCUCAAGAUUGUAUGGACUCUGAACUGCAGAAGUUGCACUUGGCAAGCAAACAAUGGGGUUUCUUCCAGUUGAUAAAUCAUGGGGUGAGCAGUUCCCUGUUGGAGAAGGUGAAAUCUGGCAUUCAAGAACUAUUUAAUAUGGAGAUGGAAGAGAAAAAGAAGUAUUGGCAAGGAGAAGGAGAGGUCGAGGGAUUUGGACAGAGCUUCGUUGUUUCGGAGGAGCAAAAGCUGGACUGGGGUGACAUGUUCUACCUCAUAACCCUUCCCACCUAUCUCAGGAAGCCCCACUUAUUCCCUCACCUUCCUCUGCCACUCAGAGAUAACUUGGAAGCUUACUUGACAGAGCUGAAAAGUCUUGCCAUGAAAAUCCUAGAUCAGAUGGCAAAAGCUCUAAGAAUGGAAAGUAACGACAUGAGGUGCCUAUUUGAAGAAGGGCUACAGGCAAUGAGGAUGAACUAUUAUCCUCCAUGUCCACAACCAGAGCUUGUCAUGGGCAUCAACUCUCACUCCGAUUCCGUAGGCCUAACAAUCCUCCUCCAACUCAAUGAAAUUGAAGGUCUCCAGGUUAGAAAAGAUGGAAUUUGGAUCCCAAUUAAACCCCUCCCCAAUGCUUUCAUCGUCAACGUUGGAGAUAUUCUGGAGAUUGUGACGAAUGGUAUCUACCGUAGCAUCGAGCAUCGUGCGACUGUGAACUCAAAAAAUGAGAGGCUAUCGAUAGCCACAUUUUUAAGCCCAAGGCUGGAAGGAGAUUUUGGUCCGGCGCCAAGCCUUUUGAAUACAGAGUCACCGGCAUUAUUCAAAAGAAUAAGAGUUGCAGACUACUUGAAGGGUCUUUUCUCACGGAAACUCGAUGGAAAGUCAUACAUUGAUGCUAUGAGGAUCCAGAAAUGAGGGCGGAAAAUGCAAGCUCUUUAUCAUAGAACUAGCCUUUUGAGCUUUCUUGCUUUAUUAAAAACCUAAGUCACUAAAAGAAAUAAUUCCCAAUGGCUCUUAUCAAGUACUGAAGUUUAGCUUGCCCACACAUUUCAAUAAACGAAAUCUUUGAUGAUAUAUCAUUGCUUUGUUUUUGCCAUAA